AUGGUUGCAUCAUUCAACCUCGGUUUGACAUACCGCUUCCUUGGCGACUACGCAGCGGCCGAGGCGCUCUGGCUUCCGAUCUGGGACCAGUUCCAGAAGAGUCCACCCGCGCCAGGGCAGUACAUCCACUUGCUCUUUCUGCUUGCGCAGCUCUACUGGUCCAAGGGCGACUACGUCCUCGGGAAGCAGUACUUGCUCGACAACUUGGCGUGGUGUCUGGCCCAUUUGCCGCCGGGCGACGCCGACACGAGCCAAGGGGCGUCGGCGUUCUACCGGUUCCUCCUCGACCCGACCUUUGCGGCGCACAACCCCGCAAGUGACGAGGCGUGGGCCAAGGUCGUCGUCGCCUUCUUCGCCAAGAACGAGCUCGAGACGGAAGUGUGGCAAGACGAAACCUGCUUUGGCUGCAGCCAGCCGAUGCAAGCAAGGGCUUUGGCAAGUCGACGACGUUCUGCGACCACGCCACCUGCAGCUUCAAGUGCUACGUGCCACCACGCCGGUACCUUCUCGAGCAAGCUGGUCGCCAGUGCGACGGAUCAAGCGACAGCGACCUUGUGGCGCGACUACCAGACGUACUGCACUGCCAACAAGGUCCCGGUCGACGAGCAAGCGGCCUUUGCCAGCUACGCGCCGAUCGCAACGCGCACCUGGCACCCGAUGUUGUAA